GCACUGAGGGCUGAUAGGAAUUCAGUCUUUGGUGCUGGUGAAGGUGUUGUGUUGAUGAACAAAGUUGAGUGCAGAGGGAAUGAGAUUCACCUGUGGGACUGUCCUCUCUCCCUGAAUAACCACACUGACUGCUCCCACAAAGAGCACGCUGGACUCACCUGUGCAGAUUUAUCAGAUGUGUCAGUGUCCACUACUCCUGCCACAACAUCGUCAGCUUCUCUUCCAGUUUCUCCUCCAGUGCGCUCAACAUCAGUCUCUCCUCCACAAACUCCUCCACCAGUGUCUUCCCCGGUGCUUGUGAUUGUUCUGGGAGUUGUGCUCUUACUGCUCUUAGCGCCACUGCUUAUACUGAUUCAGCAGAACAGAGUGAUGAGGAGAGCUCUCUCUAAGAGGAGACACAGGACGAUGUCUGAGGCCGUUUAUGAGGAAAUUUAUCACAGACAAAAUCACUUCACUCAGAAGGACAAAAUGGACCAAGAGGCUCCAGAAGAAUAUGUCAACACUGAUAGACUGAAUUAUGGCACAACUGAGGUCUAUGAUGAUGCAACAACCAUGAGAGAAGAGCAUGGAGAAGAGGAGCCAAUUUAAGAUGAAAAAAGUGUGUGAUCAACUACUGCUUCUGCUGUUUCUUAUAAUUGUUGUUGUUAUUUGCUACCUGGUGCAUUUUAAUAUCAGGUAAUCAACUAAAUCAGCAUGUUUGGUAUUAAUCUGCUUAAAAAUUAUAUAUAUAUAUAUAUAUAUAUAUUUACCCAUUCUCAUACAACCAUCAGCAGAAGGCAGGAAGACAGGUAAAGCUGUCUCACAAUUGUCUUAUUUUCAUUUCUUCAUAUUGCUUGUUCUGAUUUAAUUUCUAAUUACUUUAAUAUGUAAAGUUGAUCACACAUUACUUUAGUAACUGCGUCAUAUUUUGAAUAAUUUCCAUUUGUGUCGGAGGGUUCGACUCAUUCCUCCUAGAAGCCCACAUUACACUGGUGCUGAAAUGUAGCGGUCGCUGUCCAUGGUGCUGGUUGUGUCCACACUGUAGUUCAGCUCAUUUCCGUUGCCGUGUCAUGAAAAUAAUUGACCACCAAAAACAAGAAAGCCAAAAAAUAUGUUUAGCUUGAUGUAAUGGUAUAAAUACCCACGUCACAUAAAAUGCAUUCGAGCUGCCAUCAUUAACAUGUUUAAUUUAAUCCAAUAUUUGGUUGUGCAUAGUCCCACGAAAAAUUACUGCCUCUCUUUGCUCGUGUUCUGUUAUUUGUACAGUAGGCUAGGGUUAAAACAACCACACCCCUUGCUCAGGUGGUCUAACAUUACUUUUCGUCUUUUAUUUACUGCCAUCUUCUGGAUUUAAGACGACAAUACAGUUGUUAUCAAACAUUCCUGCAGUUUUAUUUUAAAAUGAUAAUUGAUUAAAACA